AUGGAGAACCAAAGAAGUAAUUUAGAGAAUUGGAUCUACCAAUGGAAUGAAGACCAGCAGAGGUUUGUUAGAGCCCAGCGGAGGGAUCCUCACCCAACAGAGGGGCCACAGCAGCAGUCCACCGCUACCCAGACGGUGACGGAAAUUGAGGGGGUGCCUCAGCACCAGACUUCGACCACUCCAACCGUGAGUUUUGCAGGGACCAAUUUCCGGUUGAGGCCCACCGUACUCUUCCCCAGACGACCCAUUGGAGUGACGAGCCCUAGCAGCGCUCCCGCUAGACCACCAGCUCCCGCGGUCACACCGCCAGUGAUCGUGAGACCCAAUACCAGCCUGGGUCAGGUGUACCACACAGAUGGUACUGUGUCUGCUCCUGAGAGUUUAAGUGGACAGAGGGUCAACCGGAGCCAGAAGAGGACCAGGGACGGUGGAGAAGACGACGAGACAGAGGAGUCCCCCCGCAGCCGAGCCAGGUGGGUGUCACCAUUCCGCCCUUCCAGACCGCCACUGCCAGAUGCCCCCGACAGCCCGGAUCCCUCCCCGCCGGCCAGUCCGAGGAGCUCCCCCACUCCCAUCGUGAUCCCGGAUACGCCACCACCAUCGCCACCACCAUCGCCGCCACUUGGCAACAUCCGGAGACGACUUGGUGCCAGACCCGCUCCGGACCGCCCCGCCCCUCCGGCGCCCACCAGACCCGCUCCGGACCGGACCGCUCCACCCCCUCCAGAGAGACCCCCACCUGUGAGGCCCGCACCCGAUCGCCCAGCGCCUCCUCCUCCCAUCAGACCAAGAUCGCCCCAGGUGCCACCCCCCUCCUCGCCCAUGACGAUAACCCUGAUCAACGGAGAGAAUCAGAGGACUUUUAGGGCCGAAAGGAAUGCGGAUGAUACGGAGGUGCGUUGGACAAGGGUGAGGGAUCCCUCCACAGUUUCCGUGCCCGAAAAUCACACUACCAUUAUCAGAAAUGGAGGUGCCAGCGGCAGCAGCAGGAGCAGCACCAGCAGCAGAGUGUUCCUGAAUCCGAGCGUAGCGGCCAAUCAUAGUGAGACCGUUCGGCUGCUGGACAGACUGGAGAGGAGCAUAAGAAGAGUGGUGACCAGAAACCACCAGAGCCAUCAACCCCUCCAGAACCAUCAGCCCUUCGAGUAUUCUCACACCAGAAGGCCAGACAACCCCAGGGAGCACUACACCAUUGUACCUUCCUGGGCCGUGAAAGCGGAGGACAAGAGGGGACCCUGCAACAUUUGCCUGGAAAUACUCACUUGCAAAUAA